AAAAUCAGAAAAAACCCUAACCCGGGGGAUGCUCCGUGCUUCCGCCAGCGCAGUCCCCCGUCGUCUUCUCUUCUAUCGUCCUCACUCGCUCUCUUCUCCCUCAGUCUCUGGGACUCUCCGGUGCCGCAUCCUUCGGAGGCCGGUUCCGCCCAGCUGUUCGCCUGGCCGUUGCUGCCAGCCCGACUCGCGCUCCAGCUAUUUCUUUUCGGUUGCUGCUGUUGCGGCCUUCCUGCGUGCUAUCUCAAAGCUUGAUCGGCACUGAGCUGGCUCUCUUGAUUGGGGAGUAUAGAAUCAGAGGUUCUGUAUUUAAACAAGGAGCUACAUCAAGAUGGAGGACUGGGAAGAAGAGCAACUUCCACCUUUACAAUCGACGGAACAGCCCAAAAUCAAAUGGGAUGAUGAAGAUGUGGAUGACAAUGAUGUAAAAGAAUCAUGGGAAGAUGAAGAUGAACCAGCUCCGGCACCUGCACCAUCACCGCCUGCUGAAAAGGCUUCAAAGAAGAUUGUGCCAAAAGCCGCUGAAUCAAAAGGGAAAGCUGCUGAUAUAAAAGGGAAAGCUGUACAAGUGGCAAAAGAGGAGCCUCUGGAUCCUGUUGCCGAGAAACUUCGCCAACAAAGGCUUGUGGAGGAGGCUGAUUACAAGUCGACUGCAGAGCUAUUCGCAAAGAAAGAUGAUGACAAGACCUUGGAUAAUUUUAUCCCCAAAUCUGAGAGCGACUUCUUGGAGUAUGCAGAGCUGAUCUCUUACAAGCUUCGUUCCUUUGAGAAAAGCUUUCAUUAUAUUGGUUUGCUCAAGGCUGUUAUUAGACAUUCUAUGACUUCCUUAAAAGCAGCAGACGCCAAAGAUGUUGCCUCCUCUGUCACAGCGAUCGCUAAUGAAAAACUAAAGGCGGAGAAGGAAGCAAACGCCGGUAAAAAGAAGACAGGAGCAAAGAAGAAGCAACUGCAUCUCGAUAAACCGGAUGAUGAGCUGGUGGUUAAUGCCUAUGAUGAUAUGGAUGAUUAUGACUUCAUGUGAGUUUUUUUGAGUCUCGAACUAUGCGAAAAUUGGAUCUCGACCAUUCCUUUGCUGCAGUAGAAGAGAUAAAAGAGGGGACAAAAAAACAAGGGUGAACAUACAUUCAUCCCAUAGAAAGAAAGCGUCGAGUUUUGGGAGAAUUGAUACUGCCCGAGUGUUAGCAUCUCAUGGCCUGUCAAAUAAUGGAACUGAGAUUGUUCUUGUGCAUUUGCUGUGGUUAUACUUAAUUCUCCCCUUGAGUUUGAUUCCUUUUGCUCCCCCCCUUGUAUUUUGAUCGGAACUCUGUUGCAUGCUACCAUUAACAUUUUGCAUAUCAUUAUAACAAAGAUCAUCGGCGUAAAUUACGUA